AUGUAUAUCGAACUACAAUUAUCUUCAAGAAAAACGCUCGAGAAACUAAACCUUUUAACAGCUGAAUUCUCCUUCAUUUCGGCUCAGUUGACCUCUUUGUCAAUGGACUUUAUACUGCACAAUUUGCCAUUCUAUUCCCAUGUGCGACAAACCCGACCUCUGGAGCCAUUGUCGUUCGGAAACCAGGUUGAUCUAAUCAAGCUUGUGGAUCGAUACAGUCCCGAAUUUAGUGCUGGCUCACUUUCGUUAUUUCAUGGAUUAUACUUCAAUGGCCAUUUGCAAACGGUAGCAGCAGCUCUCAAGACUUUUCAGGAUGUCGACCACGUCUAUUACAAGCGCAUGGUAUUGAAUCUGGGCGAUGGUGGUGAAGCUACAGCAGAUUUCAGGGUUGAACCAUGGAAUCUGGAUGCUGAGAGCGAAAAAACACAACAAUACGUACCGCCAAAUCAGACCAGGAAGCUACAACCAAGAUACAAAUUUUUCACGCCUACAGAAUUGGAAAAUCUGCCCAGUCAGGAUUCGAAACCAAUGCUCAUAGUGCUGCAUGGGCUCACAGGUGGAUCUCAUGAGGCUUAUGUUCGUAGUCUGGUCAACAAAAUGACCAGUAAGUUUCAAUUUGAGGCCUGCGUUUUGAACUCCAGAGGCUGCAGCGAAUCCUGUAUCACUACACCUCAAUUAUACAACGGAGUGUGGACGGAUGACAUUCGUCAUUUUGUGAAAAAGCUGCGCAGUCUAUUCCCGCAACGCAAAUUUUAUCUCGUCGGGUUUUCUCUCGGUGCCUCUAUCGCAACCAACUAUCUGGGUCAAGAAGGUGGAAAGAGUGAUAUUGAGUGUGCUGCCAUCUUAGCCAAUCCUUGGGAUCUCUGUAACGCUUCUUAUUACAUGAAUCGUUCAUUCAUAGGACGGUACCUGUAUGGGGGCCAUUUCGCACAAAGCCUGGUCAAAAUGCUGACAGACAACCUAGAUAUUCUGAAGAAAGAUCCUUACAUGGCAAAGCUAUAUGCGGAGAAACUAGAUUCUGUCAAAUCUGUAGAGGAAUUUGACAAUUGGUUUACGUCCCGCAUGUUCGGAUUUAACGGCUCAUAUGAGUAUUACCGUUAUGGUACCAGCUCAAACCGAAUUCCUUCGAUACGGACCCCUAUGCUAGCGAUAAGCGCGUCGGACGACCCGAUUGUUGGACAAGAAUCACUUCCCUACAGGGAAAUUGAAGGUAAUCCUUACACUUUGCUGGUAGAGUCUAGUAAAGGAGGGCAUGUUGCGUGGUUUGAUGCCAACGGUGAACGUUGGUAUGAGGACCCACUUUGCAGGUUCUUCAGCGCCUUCCAUACCGAAAUCUCAGCUAAGGGCUUGAAACCGGACCUUGAUUCUGUAACGUUGCCACACAAAAACAAAUUCGUGGGCGAUCGUCUCGUCGAUGCUACAGUCAGAAACUAUUGA